AUGUGUACUCAUGGGCGCGUCGAAAUAGUCCCCAGAAAAUCAGGUGGUAACUGGGUGGGUGGGGCGUCUGUCAAAGCUGAAGGUGGUAGUGGGUCUGUCAAAGCUGAAGGUGGUAGUGGGUCUGUCAAAGCUGAAGGUGGUAGUGGGUCUGUCAAAGCUGAAGGUGGUAGUGGGUCUGUCAAAGCUGAAGGUGGUAGUGGGUCUGUCAAAGCUGAAGGUGGUAGUGGGUCUGUCAAAGCUGAAGGUGGUAGUGGGUCUGUCAAAGCUGAAGGUGGUAGUGGGUCUGUCAAAGCUGAAGGUGGUAGUGGGUCUGUCAAAGCUGAAGGUGGUAGUGGGUCUGUCAAAGCUGAAGGUGGUAGUGGGUCUGUCAAAGCUGAAGGUGGUAGUGGGUCUGUCAAAGCUGAAGGUGGUAGUGGGUCUGUCAAAGCUGAAGGUGGUAGUGGGUCUGUCAAAGCUGAAGGUGGUAGUGGGUCUGUCAAAGCUGAAGGUGGUAGUGGGUCUGUCAAAGCUGAAGGUGGUAGUGGGUCUGUCAAAGCUGAAGGUGGUAGUGGGUCUGUCAAAGCUGAAGGUGGUAGUGGGUCUGUCAAAGCUGAAGGUGGUAGUGGGUCUGUCAAAGCUGAAGGUGGUAGUGGGUCUGUCAAAGCUGAAGGUGGUAGUGGGUCUGUCAAAGCUGAAGGUGGUAGUGGGUCUGUCAAAGCUGAAGGUGGUAGUGGGUCUGUCAAAGCUGAAGGUGGUAGUGGGUCUGUCAAAGCUGAAGGUGGUAGUGGGUCUGUCAAAGCUGAAGGUGGUAGUGGGUCUGUCAAAGCUGAAGGUGGUAGUGGGUCUGUCAAAGCUGAAGGUGGUAGUGGGUCUGUCAAAGCUGAAGGUGGUAGUGGGUCUGUCAAAGCUGAAGGUGGUAGUGGGUCUGUCAAAGCUGAAGGUGGUAGUGGGUCUGUCAAAGCUGAAGGUGGUAGUGGGUCUGUCAAAGCUGAAGGUGGUAGUGGAUGA